UGGGCUCCCAUCCCUCCAUGCUUAUCCGAUCUACUUCCCACUCCCCUUAGCUGUGCUGCACAUUAUAAAAAAAUCUCUCUUUUAACUUCACUUUACUUUCUAUCCCUUUGAGUCCCCAAGGCAUUUGCCUGGUCAAUAAUCUGUUCUAUUUAGUACAGUUUUUGUGCUCUGUAGAUCUCAAAAAUGGGUGGAAAAAUGAUAAUUGAGGCCUCUCCUAGCCCAAGUCAGCAGCCUGAUUUCAGUCCUUAUAUAGCAGAAGAUACUCUUGUGGGUCUUGUGGUAUGUCUCUCUGCAUUCAUAUCUAUCCUGAGCUUUGUUUCAGCCUUCAUGAGGCUCCACAUAUGGAGGUCCCGUGAGGAGCAUGUGACCACCAUGAUCACAAAUGCAGGGCUUAAGAAGGCGGCCAUUGAAGCACUUUCUGCAGUGAUUUAUAGCAAACUUGAUUCAAAGCUAAAUACAACAGAGUGCCCAAUCUGCUUAGCAGAUUUUAUGGAUGGUGAAAGAGUUAGAGUUUUGCCCAAGUGUAGGCACAGCUUUCAUAUGGAGUGUGUGGAUAGAUGGCUUCUUUCUCACUUCUCAUGCCCCACUUGUAGACAUUGUCUUCUUGAUACAGUGGUGAAUAUCAUACAAUUUGGCACAACUGAAAUCCACUACAGCAGACAGACCACUGUGGAGCAGAUUCAUGUGCCCAGUUCUUCAAGUGAAGAGGAAGAAAGCAUUUGUAUUGUUUGUGUAUAGUUGUUGUUGCAGAAGAAUAAGCCAUAAACUCAAUCACUUGCUGAGCACAGGCCAAACUACUGUAUUAGCUUCUAGAAGUGUUGGUUAGUGGUGUCUACUGUUUGCAUGUCUUAUUUAUUGGCCUCUUCUCCAUGUUAAAACAUUUCUACUUUCGCCAUUUAUACAAUGAUUAGUUCUACUUUCACCAAUUCUAAUGAUUAGAUCCUUCCCUGAAAUAGCUGUAAUGGAUGCAGUCCAAUAUGUUCUGGCUUAUAGAUAGGGAACAUCUCUAAAAUAGUUAUGGUGGCCAGUGGGGAAAAAAAGAGCUGCGGAGCAAGUUAAGUGUAGAUGAGGACACAAAGUGCAUGGAAAUCUUGUUCUCACAUAACCUACAGUACCCAAUAUGGUGUAUAUUCUUAGCUUACCCUAUUGCAAUCUUGGUCUGAACUAAUGAAAAAGUCUAUUGGUGGUCAA